GGGGCUGCGCCGCUCCCCCCGCCGGGACCGGAUCCAGGACCAGCGCCGGAGCUGGCGGCAUAGGCGCUCCGGCCCCCGCUGCCUGGCAGAGCCAGCAGGGGAGAGGCUGCGGCGGGGACCCGAGCAUUGUGCGAGCCUGCAUGGGCACGGCGCGGAGGCGCGGCUGCGGGGCUCCCCCGAGCUUCUGGCUCCCCUGCCGGCAUCGCCUGUAGCCGGGAGGCGCCGCGCCGGGGCAUGAGGGAUGCUUUUGUGCGCGGCGGCGGGCGCAGCAGCGGGUAGCGGCGGCUGCGGUUGCGGGGCAGGUCGGGCGCCGCGCUCACCCGCAGCCCUCCCGGCGAGCGGGGCCGGGCGCGAUGCUGAAUUAAGCGGCCGGAGCCCUUGCGAGCGCGGGGGGCAGGCGUAGCAGCCCGUAGCGGAGAGCCGGGAGGGGCGGGCGGGCCGGCAGGCAGCUCCCUCCCCAUGGCGAGCAACCGGAGCAUCGAGCUGGAGCACUUCGAGGAGCGGGACAAGCGGCAGCAGCGCUCCGGGCCGCGGCGCGGCGGCUCCGGGUCGGGCGGCGGCGCAGGGCCGAGGGGCAAUGGGCUGGUGCCCAGCCCGGCUCACAGCGCACACUGCAGCCUCUACCGGACCCGCACCCUGCAAGCGCUCAGCUCGGAGAAGAAGGCGCGCAAAGCCCGCUUCUACCGCAACGGGGACAGGUACUUCAAGGGCUUGGUGUACGCCAUCUCCCCCGACCGCUUCCGCUCCUUCGACGCCCUCCUGGUGGAGCUCACCCGCUCCCUGUCGGACAACGUGAACCUGCCCCAAGGGGUCCGCACCAUCUACACCAUCGAUGGCAGCAAGAAGCUCACCAGCCUGGACGAGCUGGUGGAAGGUGAAAGUUAUGUAUGUGCAUCCAAUGAACCAUAUCGCAAAGUUGAUUACACCAAGAAUGUCAAUCCGAACUGGUGUGUGAACAUAAGGACUGGGUCCAGUCGAUCCUUGCCGUCUUUGACAUCCACAAAGAGUGAAGUGAAGGAGAGUAAAGAUUUCAUUAAACCCAAAUUAGUGACUGUUAUUAGGAGUGGAGUAAAACCACGUAAAGCUGUGAGAAUUCUGCUGAAUAAGAAGACUGCUCACUCCUUUGAACAGGUCUUGAAUGACAUCACCGAAGCCAUUAAGUUAGACUCUGGUGUAGUCAAGAGACUUUGUACACUGGAUGGAAAGCAGUGCUGUGAGAAACAGCUUUGAGUGACUACAAGAUUGAAACCCUGACACAGGAAUUCAAAAAAAAAAAGAUUUUUAUAGCUCUACAUAACAAUAUUACACUGCAGU